AUGAGGCUGGCAAGCCGCCCUGCAAAACUUCAGCCCGCCGAGGACGACAAGCAAGCUGAGCACUUGCCCGACGAGAUCGUCCUCGAAAUCCUGUCUCACAUCCCGCACACCAAAGAAUCCCAGUUUGACCUCUGGUCUUUCUGCCUUGUCAAGCGGCAGUGGUACAACGUUGCCAUCUCCCGCCUGUACGAGGAACCGUGGCUUGAAGGCUCGAAUUUCGACCCCUUCGUCAAUACUAUCUGCCCCUCCAGGAAUCUUCACAUCAAGAACAGCGAGCUUGCCGGGCUCGUCCGUGUCUUGGAUCUUAAGCGCAUCGUCCACCAGAGCACAAAGGCCACUACUGCGCGCCUGCUUGGUCGCACCAAGUCGAGUCUUGAGGUCUUCAUUGCUCCUCAGUCGGCUUUUGCCAUCAACAGCUUUGCCGCCCUAUCAAAAUGCACAAACCUUCGUGUCCUGGACUUUUCGCUCAUCUGCGAGGCUGUCAGCUUCUCUAGCCUUGCGCAUGUGCUUGCGAAGCUUCCGAAUCUCAAGACGCUCUACUUCCCCCGCUCCUCUAGCGACAUUGCUUCUUUUGAUGCCUCUACCAUAGCUUGGCCGCCUUUGGAGAGACUCUACUUGAGCGGCAGCAUCGACAGUAACUUCAUUCGGCGUCUCUUGAAGGAGGACUCGUUGUCAUGCCGCCUUCCGGCUUCUCUGAAGACACUUUCCAUCACCCAUUGCCCGCGUCUCGCCACCCACGAUCUUACCUCUCUAAUCCGCGCUGUCGGCCCACAGCUGGAGCUGCUGACCGUCGAGAACAUCCGCGGACUUCGCGCCAACGCCAUGGAUCGUGUCCUGGACUUCUGCCCCCAUUUGAAACUUCUUCGAGUAUCCUUGGAUUACCUCACCUUCAUGUUCGUUUACCGCGACCAGGAGGAUGUACGCUUCCUCGAUCAUCCUUUGGAGAGAUUAGAGCUCACCGACUCUGGGAAUAUGGGUUGGUCUCUCGACCCUGACGAGGUUCUCAAGGCUGGUGACCUCGCCGACGCCAUCCAGGAUGGCACCAUACCGAAUUUGCGAAUCAUCCGGGUAUCUAAGUCUGCUCUUUGGCAUGUCGACGAUGCGGAUGAGAUGCGGCGUCUCAUAGAUACCAUGGAGGACACCUUCAGCAAGCGAAAAGCGGAGAACCCUGACCUGGAUAACAAGGUAGUUGGUGUAUGGACCAUGGAAGAUUGA